CCUCCCCUCUCCUCUCCAGGAGCCGUAUUGAGCUGUGGGGCUGGGACAUUCCUGGUCUGACGACCAGCCUCACCACUGCCAUGAUUUGCUGAGCAACUCGACACUGGCUUCAAAGACGCGUGUGUGUGUGUGUGUGUGUGUGUGUGUGUUGAGGAAGCAGCGGCGGAGACGGAGACCGAGAAACGGGGGAGAAGUCACAAUAAGGGGUUAGACAGCGCGACAGAGAGAGAGAGAGAGAGAGAGAGAGAGUGUGUGUGUGUGAGCGCAGCGAGCCGGGACGUAACGCCUUCAUUCAAACACACGGACUCCAAACUUCCCGGGAGAAAACUCUCCACCACCUCAGCUCGAGUUUAGUCCAGGGGGGAGUUGUCGCACCUUGGCCCCGACGCCGGCGCUGCUCCGCGGGGUCUGAAAACUCUCUCUCCCCCACCUCCGCCGCCGACUGUUUUUCUCGUUCCUCCCGUCGUCGCGCACUUUCAGCCCGUGUCUAAUGGAGGGCCCCAUACGGAUUUGCCACCGGGAGAAUGCGUCUUGCUGCUGACUCACCCGACGACUCGACGCUUUUGCCCUCCUGCGAGAGAGGUUUGCUGGACAGACGAAGUUGUACGUGCCGGGCAACACGGCUGCUGACAGGGGUCGAAGUGCACCAUGGACAGUGGCCUAAGGGUCCUCCUGUCCACUGUGCUGUGCCUCAGCCAGUCUCUGCUUAUCAGCUGCUCAUCUCAAUAUCCCUCUUUCAGCUCUGAACCUGCCUCUUUGGUUCAGAGUCAAGGCUCUGUUGCUCGUCUGCGCUGUGCGGCAAGUCCUCCGACAGCGGUGGUUUCCUGGCGCUUCAGGGGCCUUCCCCUGGACCAGCACACCCUGCCUGGUGUGGAGGUCAGCAGGGGCUCCCUAACCAUCUCCUCCCUUAAACCCAGCCAUGUUGGCGUCUAUCAGUGUGUGGCACACUCGGACCACGGGCCGGCCGUCGCCAGUCGCCUCGCGCAUGUGGACAUAGCAGAAAUGUCGGAAUAUGAAGAUGGCCGACGGCAGUCCUUAUCAGUGCGGGAAGGCAGCACUGUUCUUAUAGAGUGUCCUCUACCGCACAGUGUCCCUCCAGCCCUUCCUAGACUAAGAGUACGAGGGAAGUGGAUGGAAGUGUCAACAGAUGACUACUUGGUCCUUCCGUCCGGGAAUCUUCAGAUUAUCUCUGUCUCAGUCCAGCACCAGGGCAUGUAUAAAUGCGGUGCAUUCAACCCUGUUACCGGGGAAACCGUCACGCAGCCUCAUGGUACCAAGCUAUCAGUGAAACAUUUAGACACCUCCUCCCCAGUGCGGAUCGUUUACCCCACCGCCCCGGUGACUGUUGUGGUGCAGCAGUCGCAGCCGCUGACGCUGGAAUGUAUCAUGUCUGGGAGUCCUGCACCUACCGCCAAGUGGCUUAAGAAUGGUAAGGAAGUCACAUCGGGGCCUUUUCUCCAACGACAGCACAACAACCUGGCCUUUGUCGCGGUGGCGAGGAGCGACGAAGGGAGUUACACCUGUGCUGCUGAAACCCAGCGGGGGACCAUGAUCAGCGCUAACUACACCGUGAAUGUGCUCGAGCCCGUGUCCAUCGUGGAGGGCCUGCACAACCAGCCUGUCUCUCCUGGCUCCUCUGCCCGUUUUACCUGCAUAGCGAGAGGAAACCCCUCCCCAAACAUCACGUGGUUGUUCAACGCUGAUCCCAUCACCCCGUCGCACCACUUUCAGAUCUCCGGAUCCUCACUUCUUAUUACAGAUGUGACGCCACAGGAUGUGGGCAUGUAUCAGUGUCUGCUGGACAACGGGAUCGGUUCGGCACAGUCAUUUGGAAUGCUUACCACACAAUCAGACCCACAGCUAGGCUCCACGGCUGGUGUGCUGCUGGAGGCUUCGCCUUCUCUCCAUCCCAUGCAAAGCGACGAGGGCCACGACGAAGGCGCGGGCGACACAGUCAACCUGCCAGCCGACAGGAGCGGUGACCGUCUCACUCCAGAGGCGCCGAUCAUCAUCAGCCCGCCGCAGACUCACAAGCCUGAUGUGUACGAUCUGGAGUGGAGGGCGGGGCGAGAUGGGGGCAGUCCGAUCAUCGCCUACUUUGUCAAAUAUCGUAAGGUCGAUGAAUUGGGAACAGUGGUGGGGAGUUGGCAUACGGUCCGUGUCCCUGGCAGUGAGAAGUCCCUGCGGCUGUCAGAGCUGGAGUCCUCCAGUCUCUAUGAGGUGCUGAUGGUGGCUCGGAGUUCGGCAGGCGAGGGCCAGCCGGCCAUGCUCACCUUCCGCACUGGCAAGGAGAAGAGCACCUCCUCCAACAAGAAUCCGUCCAAGCCUCCCGUCGUCUCGAUGCCCCCCAAAGCUCCAGAGGACAAAACCCCCAACACGCACUUUGGAGUCAUCAUACAUGACAGAGUACCCGAGGCCCCCGAUCGCCCGACCAUCUCCAUGGCAACUGAAAGUUCAGUGUACGUCACCUGGAUCCCGAGAGCAAACGGCGGCUCUCCGAUCACGGCUUUCCGCGUCGAGUACAGACGCGGCCGCAGCGCGGAGUGGGUCGUGGCUGCGGAUAACAUCUCACCUCUCAAACUGUCUGUGGAAGUUCGCAAUCUGGAGCCGGGCUCCACCUACAAGUUUCGCGUGGUAGCCAUGAACAUGUACGGCGAGAGUCCCCACAGCAUUCCCUCAAAGCCGUACCAGGUGCCACAAGCCAGCCCGCGUAUGGCAGACCGCCCUGUGGUCGGACCUCACAUCUCAUCCACAGACGCCAUCAGCGACACACAGAUCAUGCUGCGCUGGACUUAUAGUCCCUCGAGUAACAACAACACACCAAUCCAAGGUUUCUACAUUUACUACAGGCCCACAGACAGCGACAAUGACAGCGACUACAAAAGGGAUGUGGUCGAAGGUGUAAAACACUGGCACAUGAUUGGACAUCUCCAGCCGGAGACCUCCUAUGAUAUCAAGAUGCAGUGCUUUAAUGACGGGGGAGAGAGCGACUACAGCAACGUCAUGAUCUGUGAGACUAAAGCACGUCAGUCCCCGGGGUCGCCCGGCCCCCACCCCAUCACCCCACCCGGCCCCCACCCGCAGGAGCCUCCCAGCCCUCCUGGAGGACUGCUGUACCUGAUUGUGGGCUGUGUUUUGGGAGUGAUGGUGCUCAUCCUGCUGGCUUUUAUCGCCAUGUGCCUGUGGAGGAAUCGGCAGCAGAACAACAUGCACAAGUAUGAUCCUCCCGGCUACUUGUACCAGCCGGCAGAGAUGAACGGCCAUGUUCUCGAGUACACCACCCUGCCUGGCACCAGCCGCAUCAAUGGAGGUGUCCACGGGGGCUACGGGCACAGUGGCCCAAUGUUACCCCAGGGCUGCCAUCACCUCCACCACAAACUCCCGAACGGCUUGGCGCUGCUCAACGGCUCCGGUGGCCUCUUCUCACCUGGCCACUCACACGGCCAUGAUGGCACCCUGCCCCACAGCGCCCGGGACUGCGAGCACUCGCACCCUCACCCUCACCACCACCAUAACGGUGGAGGCAUGUACACAGCGCUUCCCCAGACAGAGUCUUCCGAUUGUAUGAGCUGUCAGAACCUCUGCAACAACAACAGAUGUUACAACAAGACCAAUGGCACUUUCUCCAGCGGCACUCUGCCUCUAAUGCAUCGUGUGGCGCCCUGCCAGCAGGAUGGGCUGGAGAUGGUACCUCUGGGCCAGGUUUCACCGCAGUGCCACGGCCCAGACAGCCCGAUGACCUCCGGUGACCAGGAGGCCGACGCAGGGUAUCAGCCAGACGAGCACAAGGAGUCCUCGCCCUCACAGCAUUCCUGCUGUCUGGUCGGGAACAAUGAAAACUGUCCAGCUGACAACACUGCUGAGGAGGAGCUGGAGUGCGUGGACACAGAGGGGCCUGUGGUGUGCUGGGAGAGUCUUGGCCUGCCAGACUUGGACUGUGACGAAAAGCCUGGGUGGAUCUCUAGCAGCAGCCUGGCGGGAGAGCUGAUCCAGCCCAGCCUACAGGAGGUCUGAACGCAGCCCACACGCAAACACACUCCCCUGCGGCGUGGAGGUUGUAGAACGACAGAAGAAGGUGGAGGACCAGCGAUGGGAGAGUAAGAGACACUGCGCGUUACAGUGACAAGGACACAAAACUGUUGAUGGACCGAGCUGAGAGAGAGAGAGAGAGCGGCUGCAAGCGACUGAGAGCAAAGCCAGAUGGGGAGAAACGCAAAGAGAAAAGGGAGUGUUGCUCAAAGACAGAAACUAUAUCCCACUGGAGGGAAGACUCUCAUAAAAGAUCAAAAACUCUUUAGAUGACUUAUUUAUUUUUUGUAGUAGUAAAAUAUUAUUUCAUAUGAAUGUAUCUGUUUUAAAGAAAAAAAGUUUGUCUUUUAUAUUAUUUAUGCCUUUUUUUGAUGAGAAAUACUUUUUAUUUUUUGUUGUUUUGUCCCUCUGUGUUCCACUCAAGCGUGGAGAUUAGCAAUUGUCUGUGUAAAGUUUUGUAAUAAUAUAAAGAGAAGAUAUGGAAGAGUAAACAACAACCUAUUUUCGGUUUCUUUCCUCCCCACCUUCAUGUGCAGAGCGCCCGAUGAAUGAUUGCCACAGUGAAUUUCCCGGCCUCGGUCCAAAGCCAUCAAUAUUUCUGGCAGGCCUUUGAUGUGGCUCUGUGAUGGGCUGUUCCACAGCAGUGACCCCUGAACAGGGUGAACAUUCCCUUCACUGUUCAGAUUAAGGCUGCUGCUCUUUGCUCCAGUGAAUCCUCGAUGGCUCAUCGCUUUACGCAAAAUGCGCCGUUGCCCUGCGAGGACCGUUGACCUACUGGCCCCAAUCUGUUAGAGGAGUCGGGUAGUUACAUUAAAACAGAAUUGUUAAGUGUUAGAAGCCCUCUCGCACAAAUCUUCGUAUGUUAAAACCAUCUGCUUCAUAUUAGUGAUGCUGUACCCUCAUUUCUGAUUUUGAGAUCACCCAGAUGAACUGUAUCUGGCCAGAAGAAAUUCUAGUGCAAAAUCUCCGGCCACCAGGAAGGGCUAAAUCCGAAUCUAAAAUCUAACACAAACUGCGACAUAAACAGCAGCAAAAAUGCCCCAUUCAGAGACUUUAUCCUCUCAUCAGUGUGGUAUUCAUUCAUGGUAUAAAAGGGUCAGUUUCCCCCAGAGCACGAAAAAAGUAGUUUUUUUGUUUUUGGUUUUUUUUUUUACUUCCUCGGUGUGGUAUAUAGGAAUGUACACAGUUUUGUUUCAUUGUACGGCGAAAAGGGAAGAAAUAGUCCCAAUGAAAUCAGUGAACAUCGAUGUUUUGGACUCUCCACAGCAAAACGGACAUUGUGUCUCCGGCGAUUAAAGCAGCACAAACACAUUUUUCUUCACCUCCACUGUGUUUGUUCACAGGCAGAAAAUCUCAGGAAGUCAAAACCGUGACAUGUGACAGCAAAAGGAAUCGCAUGGCUAAAUACCAGUAGGAGCUAAGAGGCAAAAUAUGUUACUGUGAUUUUGGGUAAGGCCACCCUAUAGCUGGUUUUAAAAAAAAAAAAAAAAAAAAUCUUUCUGUCCCAGUUUAUUGAAAUUACAUUCCAUGGGUUCUGUAGACUGAAUUCUGAUUUGCCAGUUGGAGCUGCCGGCAUGCAAAGCUGUGUGUUGUAGCUGUAUUAUCUCACGAUAAAGAACAAAAAACGGACUGUGGUACAUCAGAAAUAGAUGGAGGUGAGUUGAGAUUCUGUCAUCGAAAGUUGCGGUGCGAUGCUGCUCUUGUAAUGGUGUUAACUCAUUCAUAAAAUAGUCGUAAUAUACUCUCCUAAGGUUUCUGCCUGAGUUAGCCGAACCCAUUUUCUAAAGGUUUAAACCUUCCGUUCUUUCUAAAGCAAUCUAAAGCAAACUCCAAUCUGCGCUGGCUGAUUGGAGUUGAUAGGAUAGCAGCCGGCAGAUGACAGGACUGGCCAUGCUUCACUGAGGAUGACUGCAGUGCAGGCUUUCCAUGCCUGGUGCCUGUCUGCCUGUGUUCGUGCCAGAGUGGGCUGCCAGUCCUCAGGCCCUGGCUCGCCUGGCAUCUCUCCUUCCCCUGAUGGUAUACGGGAUAUUCCUGGCACACAGAGUUACUCGCCUGCUGCUGAGGCGUGGCGCGGCUUCUUCCGGCUGUUAUAUUUAGUCUCGAUGGAGGCUGUUGUGCUGUUGAGGCUGGUGGCCUUCGCCCAGUUGAGUUGACUUAAACUCAGUGCUUUCCCAGGAAUGGCCUUCAUGAGUUCCGCAGUCCUGAAACUCUCUGGUGUUUUAGAUGUACACUGUUCAAGAAAUGUUUGUUUUUGAGUAGUGGAUCCGAAACGAAAAGUGACCCGAGGCCCAGAAUGAUGGACAGAGCUUGGCAUUCUCUGCACGGAGUUGUUACGUUUUGUUUUGUUUUUUUGUUUUUUUUAAACUUUUCUUUUAUUUCCAUGCAAUAGCUUAUUCAAGCCCCCAUUAUGAUUCCCUUGCUGCCGUUAGCAAGAAAAAGGAACUAAACAAUGGGAAGGAAAUAAAGCUGGAAAUGAAAGAGAAAUGGUCCAGGGAGAGAGAGGGGAUGCUGACAGAUGCAGGCUGGGCUGAUGACGAGAAGAUAAGGCCAGGGUUGUCUCUAAAUGAGCUGCUUCUCCAUCUCCCACGUCUGUCAGUCGGCACUCUCCCUCAGCCCUGCCCUGCACCCUCUACCCACGCAGCUACACCCCUUCAUUAAGGAGCCCAUGGGAACAAGAAAGCUCAUUGUCCGCCCUGGAAUUUCUGCCCCUUGCUGCAGAGCCGACCUGUUAACGCCAGUCCCUCUCCCCUCCGCCCACCAUUCUUCCUCUCUCCCCUCUCCAGCACACCCUGAAUGAAUGCAAUUCUUAUGAAUCAGGCAGUGUGUUGUUAACUUGCUUGAUUCAGCCCCGGGCGGUUUUAUCCUUGAGAUGUCACAAACCCCAGAUGAAGCAUAUUGUGGUUGGAUGAACUCCAACAGCAUUCCAGUGGGUCCCAACAAAUGAUGAGCUCAUAUGCUUUACAGGACUAAUAAUCUACAGUAUAUGUUCCCUCAUGGAUGUCCGCUAUAUAUUUAUAAUCAGGCUCAGGUCUCGGGGCAUGUAGAUGCCACAUACUGUAGCUGACAUUUUGGGUUGUCGUGCUGCUAAAAUUGUUGCAUUUGUCGACUGCAACUGUUGGAUUUAAUCAGGAAGAAAAAACAAAAAUACAGCCUCAUCUUUAUCCCAGCUGCAUCCGUUUAACUGCCCCCAUUUCCUCCGUCUCAACAGACUUUACAAUUUCAGCAUUGUCCUUCUGCUCUGGAUCAAUAAUGAGCCUAUUGAUGACAAGCAGGUUGGACCUGUUGACAUGAGCUAAGCUUCAGAAUGAAAUCGAUGGCGUUCGCCAGUCGGAAGAAACUCUGAGAGCCAAGCCGGCGGAAAAAAUAAAUCCGCUAUGCUUUCAUUAUUAUUCACCGACCACUCCAGGACAUCUUUGCACAGACAUGACUAAUGGUGUGUUUAUUUUAAUAUGCAUGAAUUAUUUAAGAGAACAUUUGUUUUAUGUGCACGAACGUCUGUCAAGGUAUUGGUCAGUUCAAAGGAGCUAAAAUGUUCCCCCAGAAAUUAUUCAGGAAUGUUUUGCAGCAGAGUGAGUUUGCAGCCUUGAGCGAUGUGCUUUAAAAUGCUGAGAUGUGUCGGUCUGCUCCGGAUGUGCCACAGUCUCUCAUUCUGUUGACAGUGACAACACACAGUAGUUAAUGAGAGAAGUCUAAUGCAAUUAAAGAAGAAAAAAAAUCAAAAAAGCAGGGUGGUAAUUGGAAUUAAGGAACCGUAAUGAGCAAUAUAUUUCAAGAAAAACAAAAAACACUCUUGUCUAAUGAACCCCCAAACCAGAUGGUUUUAAUAAUGAACACAAUACAAGACUGGUGAAGUGUUUCAAAUGGAAACCACAACCUCAGGUCUUCAUGGUGUCACGCUUCGUAAGUUUAUAUGGCUACAAAGAUUGCAGGAGACAACAGUGCAGUCUUUCACUGAUCAAAGUGUUUCAGUAUGUGUUACAGUCCAGUCUGGUGUUGAAAGAUCAGUUCAUCCAAAUGAUAGGAAAAAAAUAUUCUCUCAUUUACCCCUGAUGGUAUUUAGUCAGAGAUCAGUUUUGUUUGUUUGUCCAGGUUAAUCCUGUUUUUGUUUUUUUUCCCAUUUCUGCCUCCCGUUCAAAACAAAUGCCGCUGAAUGGAACUUCAUUUGUUGGUGCUGUCAGCAUUGAAAAACUGCAAUCAAAAAAAAAUUCAAUAGCUGCUUGUUUUUCCAUGUUAAAGCUUAUCUUGGGAAUACACAGAACACAAUGUCAUUGUUCUUGAGGGACUGUUUUGUCAGUAGAGAGUAGUUCCAAUAAAA